ACAAAGCACACCAACUGAUAACCCAGCGAUGGCCAUCGUGAUGGAAGCGUUGCCGACGGAGGUUCUGCUUCAGCUCCUCGCGUUCAUGCCACCACGCGAGCUACGAUUGCUCGCGGUUGUAUCUCGCACCUUCCACAGCCUGCUCAAGAAGCACGACGAGGUCUGGAAACGUGUGUUUGUGGCCAAGUGGCGCAGAGCGAACUUUGAGAUUGCCCCCACGGACGUACUGGAACUGUCGCCUCACCUUGAGCGUCAAUACCCGUGCGCCAGCGACGCGUAUCGAUUCCUCUGUCACGCCUUGCGUCCAGUGCCCACGCACAUGAACAUGGACUACCAUAAGGCGUAUCAGCACGACGAUCCCAUGCAUUACAUGUUGCAACCCCUGCCGCAUCCGUCGUCGUUCUUGUUGUCGCACUUCCAGCUGGCCCCGUGCGACGAGCGCUUCGACGUGUCGUACGGCCGCAGUGUCCGCGCUAACGCGCCGUACCACUUGGAACCAGUCGUGACGGUGCACAAGCACAACGAAAUGACGUGGCGUGUGGACGUGUCGUCGACCGUGUACUUCGAAAUGACCAUCUCGUCCACCCCUCCCGCCCCGCCGGCACAACCGCGACACGAGGACAGUUGGGAUAUCAUUUCCAUCGGACUCGCGCCCCCGCGCAGUGUCGUGCUGGAAAACCACGCUGGAUGGGAGUCCUUCUCAUACGGGUACCAUGGCGAAGAAGGCGUGUAUAUGAACGAACCCGACGUCGUAGACUUGGAAACAUUUGGGUAUGGGGACACUGUCGGGUGCGGCUUGCAAUACGCGGACAACAACCAAGCGUGGAUCUUCUUUACCAAGAACGGCCGUCGCGUAGGGGACUUUGGGUGCUGCCGCGCCGUGCCGUUGUUUCCGACGGUGGGAAUGAAUGUAACGGUGCCGCUGCAAGUGAACUUUGGCCACGAGCGAUUUCAGUACAACGUUUACGACGAAGCGGUAUCGUGUUUCGAAGUGCAGGCUGCUGUAGCGUGGAUGCGUCGGCAAAGUAACUGGGACGGUCGCAGUGACGCUGGUGGGGGUUAUGACGACGACGACAGUGACGAUGGUGACUGUGACGACUGGUUCUCGGAGGACUUUUAUUACGAUUCCGAAGACAGCGGCGACUACGACGACAGUGACGAUCAAGCCAAUACUGGUGACGACCCAAGACAACUGCUGGCGCAUAUUCGAAGGCUCCACGUGCCCGAGGGUGGAAUCAGCGGGUUCGCUUACUCUGGGCCCAUGGAGCCGCCUGCAUAUGAUGACAAUGAUGACGACAUGCCAGGACUGGUCAGUGACAGUGACGAUGUUGCAGAGAUGCCAGACGUGGCCAGUGAUGAGGACGCGUCCACGCCGAGGUUCCAUUGGCGACGCGAUGGGCAAACUGGGCAAGAGGGGAUUGUGGACUGAAGGACUGACUACAGGAAGGGCAAACUCAAAUUAGGUACAAAUUAGGUACAUACUUGAAGUAGUACUUAUCAACAACAAAACACACCGAGCCAUGAAAGCCUCGAAUCGAAGCAAUACGAACAUUUGUAUGUGGACA